GCCAAACUGCAGUUGCGUGCUGAUUUAAAUAUAUUUCCAAUAAAACAACCACAGCAGAAGUGAAAAAGAGACAGGAAAUGUGUCACUUGUGUGUGAAUGUGUGCUGCCUGAGCCAUAUCUCCUCCACUCCAUCGGUAGCUACAUCAUACCUCACACAUAUAUUGGCUUCGUGUGUCAAAUCUACAAGAUCUUUGGAAAAAUCAAUCUUGCAAGAAACAAGAAAACUUCAAUUUGGCUCAAAGCAUCCAGGGAGUUUCACGACACUUCAAAAUGUACUGGUUCCUGUGCUUCAUUCUACUCAUGGGUGUAAGAGCAGAUGACACCAGCACAAGUGCAAGCACUAUAGGCCAGCAAUCAACAACACGUAAAGCUUCGGAACAAUCUACUCCAGCACAAUCUACUCCAGCACAAACUACUCCAGCACAAACUACUCCAGCAAAAAGUGCUCAGAAACCUAAUUCUUCAGAAACUAAGCCCGUGAAUAGUACUCUUCAAAAUCCCACCAAAACUGAAAAAGCGCCUGCAGAGGGCAAUAAGGGAGACUGCUUUUGGUUUAUCUGUGAGAUGAAACCAAAGUUAGCAGUGCUCAUAAUCGGAGCCCUCUUAAUGACCUGUAUUAUCCUGCUGACAGCCACUCUGCUACUGGCCUGCAAAGUGUGCUGCACAAAGAGGCAAGUCCUGGACACUACUAAAUCCACCCCAAGAAGACUGUCCGUGGAUGGUGAGUCUGCUCCCAUGAUCAAUGAAAUUAGAAAACCAGAGGGAGAUGAGAACCACUCAGGGCCAGAGGAGCAGGAGAAGUUGGAGGAGCCAGAAAAACCGAUAGAGGAGGCAGCAGAAGCCAUUGAGGUCAGUAAUCAGGCCUCUAUGGAGGAUCCUACACUGGAGGAUCCUACACUGGAGGAUCUUACAGCUGCUGAGUCACCGCCCAACCAAGAAUGCGAGGCAUCAGAGACAAUAAUAUUUGACGAUGCUGAGCAACCAUAAACCAUAUCACCACUGAAGAGCGACGCACAGCUCCAACUGCUGGUGGAACUGAAUUCACAGUAUGCUCCUGCUUUUGCGUGCAGUUUCACAAUUUUACUUUUGCUGUUGGUCAGCCACAACAAUUACCUGAUUUUAAACAAGGUUGUUGGAUGAUUCAGAGGCUUGUUGGAGAAUAAAAUGUUAUGUAAGGUUAAAAUUACUGUUACAUGCAGAUUAAAUGGUCUACUGUAGGAAAAGUGAAUCAAAUAUGUAACUAGGUAUGAAGAUGACAACUGUUUAGAGAAUAAUAUAGAUGGAUUUUAAAUAGUACAAUGUAUUAGUAUUAGUAAUGCAAACCCAAUUACUCUGUGCUUUACCAUGGUAUAACUUGUGUAAAAUAAGUCUUUUUUUAAAUACAUAUUUCAAAAUAUA